AUGGGGGACCGCACACAACGCCAGCCCUCGUGGCUGCGAGGUACAACGAAGAAUGUGCCGUGGGUACUGCUCGCUGCGCAGUCCACUGGGUUUGUGCUGCUAUCUCACUAUUCCCGAAUCAUGCCACCGGCGGGUGGUAAGCGAUACCUUACCUCUACCGCCGUCUUCCUGAACGAAGUCGUUAAGUUAGCGAUCGCCCUCACAAUGGCGCUCUACGAUGUCUCAAAAACUGCGCCACCAUCCAUGCCCGCAACCUCCCUCUUCUUUUCACUCUCAAGCGCCGUGCUUUCAGGUGACAGCUGGAAAUUGGCGAUCCCCGCGGGCCUCGGUGUUCUCUCGAACUCUCUCCAAUAUAUUGCGCUCUCGAAUAUGCGCGCGGCAACUUUCCAGGUUACAUUCCAGCUGCAGUUCGUAGCGACAGCGAUCUUUGGCCUGAUAGCUCUCCGGCGGAGCAUUGCCCCCCGCAAGUGGGGUCUGCUACUGCUCCUGUUGCUCGGCGUGACCUUGAUCCAGUUCCCUGAUGCCAAUGCUGAGCAGAUGUCGCUCCACGACGAGGCGUCACCCCAUCACUUCCCCCGAUCAUUGCAGGAGUGGAAGGCCAUGAAGGGCGGUGGUGCUGCUGCAAACCUGCACAAGCGCUCUGCUACAUACGAGGGUAUCGAAGAGGACAUUCUAACAGCAGAGCCACGGCUGAACCCCGCCGUGGGCCUCCUUGCGAUCAUUGGCGCAGCCCUUGCCUCUGGCCUUGGAGGUGUCUACUUUGAGAAAGUUCAGAAGGAUAGCUCCAGCCAUACCUCCAUGUGGGUGCGUAAUGUACAAUUGGCGAUAUACUCUAUUUUUCCGGCGCUCUUCAUCGGUGUGGUAUUCCGGGAUGGUGAUCGGAUCGCCAAUGAUGGCUUCUUCCAGGGAUACAACUGGGCUGUCUGGGCCACGAUCCUGAUCCAGGCUCUGGGUGGUAUCGUUUCCACAUUCUCGAUCAGCAAUACGCAACGCGAUCCCGGGUGCUUGGCCAUAACCGUCAGCAUCGUUCUGAGCAUCAUUGGUAGCGUUUGGCUGUUUGACUUUGAGCUCACCACAAGCUUCCUCCUUGGCUCUGCUACGGUCCUGGUAGCCACCCACUACUACGGCAAUCCAAGUUUCAGCCCCACUGCAGCCAAAGCGGGCGGAAUGCGUCCGCCACCCAUCCGGGUCGACAAUUUCGAAAAGGACUCCGGCCAUGACAACAGCCCCUCUGUUGCAGGUGCCCCGAAUGACUUCUCUAUCAAGCUUCCGACCACUCCCUUCCUCUCAGACGGCGUGUCAUCCUCCCGCCCCACAUCCCCGAACCCCGGCCAGACGCGGGUAAGCUCCAGCCGGAACGCCAGUGGAGGAAACUUCUUCGAAAAGGAAUAG